AUUCUUAUAUUAGAGGGACGGUAAAGCAGAUGUAAAAUCUACUUCGUGUGAACAUUUUAAAUAAAUUUUUUACCACAUUCAAUGUGAUGUGAAGAAAAUCUUCAUUUUAGUGCUAUUUGAAGAAGUUUAAAGCAAAAAAAUCAAUGAAAUUGUAAAAUUUCAAGACUUUGUGAUUAAAAAAAUCUAAAAGUAUUAUAGUAAUGUACUAUAAAAUACUCAUAUAAAGAUAAAAUUUUAGGAAAAAUAUCAAAAAAUUGUGAUUAAAAUCGACAAAAACCAUUCAGGAUGGCACAAAAAUAUUACGAUGAUUCCGGUUAUGAAGUCAACUUCGAAGACGACAUUCCCGAAUCUGAGCGCCUGCAUUACUUGAAAGUAUUUCCAACCGUAGAUAAAGUAGCUGAACGACGAAUUCACUGCACAUCAUGCAAUUCGCAUAUUGGCACAGCUCCAUUUGCCGAAGCGCGAAUUCGCAUGCAUCCCGUACUGAAGGUUACGCAUUGUCGUAACUGCCAUUCGUUCUACAACAGCGGCGAAUUUGACAAAGGCGAAGAUGGUAGCGAGCUUUAUUGUCGUUGGUGCGGACAAGGAGGCGAAGUUUAUUGUUGCAGCAGUUGCCCCUACGUGUUUUGCAAGAAAUGUAUCGUGCAGAAUUUCUCCCGUUCGAUGAUCACGGAGAUUGAGAAGCAAGACAAUUGGGAAUGUUUCGCUUGUUCACCCCAAAUUUUGUUCAAUUUGAGAUCGCAGCAUUGGGCUCUCGUGAAUUUUAUUGAAAAACAAACCAAAGAGAUAAUUAGUGCAAAUUUACCGUCGGAUGAACAUGAAGAACGAAUGUCGCACGACAGUACAACUUGUUGUCGUCGAAAAACUGAUGCCACGAAAAAAGCUCCUGCCGCUGCUUCGAAAAAACGUUCUGCGAGCCCAGCAAAAGCUCCGCCCGCGAAAAAACCCCCAGAGAGAGUCUUCCGUGCCUCAACUUUGCUGAAUGGCGGAACAUCUGCUCCUCAAAUUGCAUCUUCUCGUCCUUCGCAACAACCAACUCGAGCAGCUGCAUCAAAUCUCGUGUGUGCUCCCGAUAUUUUGAGCAUGUUUAGUGAUGCUGAUCCCGCGCCAACGCCCAUUUCUCCUGCGGCGCCUCGUAUUAUCCUUCAAACGCAACCAACGACGCGUCGUUCAACUGCUUCGGAAAAUCCUCCGCCGCUCGCUGUUCGUCAAUACGUGGGAGGAAAUGUUCGACCCACAGCUUCGGCUCAACAAAAACAAGCUCCAGUUCCGAUGGUACAAAUUUCGCAUGGACCUCGCCCGGUAGCUGGAAGUUUUGCGAGAUCAGGCGCUGCGGGCGGAGCUCCCGUUUAUCACACAAUUCAAGGAUAUCGCAUCGAUUUGAAUUGCGCCGCGAAUCAAGAAACCUUCCGCUUGCCCAAUGGAAAAUAUAUUCAGGUGAAAAAGCAACCUCCGACUCUUGCACCGCUUCCUGCAGCUCGAAAUCAGUUAAGAACCUCACUUGGACAGGCAUUAGUUAACAACUACGGGGUUCGUUAUUCGAAUCCGACGCAUCCGCAAAUGCAACAACGUCUCAUUCAAGUUCAACAGCCGACGCAAGUUCAGCAAGUUCGUGCCCCGCCAACAGGAUUGUCGCUUCAACCGCCGCCCAUGACCUUGGAAAAACCCUCACAUCCCCCAACUCCUUUAGGAAUGGCUCGAAAUGCAUUCGAAUUUAAAGUUUUAAACACUUUGGAGGUUUGUCAUCAAAUAAUCGGCAAAAUUAACACAUUAACAAAUUAUCCUUCAUACAAAACUGUCAAUCACAUUUCCGAGCUAAAAGAUCUCUACAAACAUCUUUCGUAUCUCCUUUCGUAUACUGUGGGUCGUUUCAAGACUCUUCAAGACAAAUGCGCGCAAGAAACAAAAGACCUCGGUUUCGACGAAGAUACAGAAAAAACUGCCAACACCCCGGAUGACGAACUUGAAGUCGUUGAACAACAAACGACAGUCAUCGAAAUCGAUUCUGAUGCCGAACAAGACACCGAAACGGAAGUUCAGUCAUCCUCAGGAAGUACUCCGUUACGCCCAAUUUUAGAACCAAGACCUUCGAUAUCGUCAAUUGACUCAGAAUCUGUUGCGCCAUCGAUCUCGAGCCUAAUUGACGACUUGAACGAUCCAAAAUUACGCCUUGAACCACGUGUCGAGGUCAUUAGAGCGGAAUGUUUGAUCCCGAGUGUCAAUCAACUCUUGAAAAAUGAAGUGAAAAAUGCGACACAAAUGAUCAAAAUAAACGUUGAAGGCGAAAAAAGUGAUGAAAAUGCUCAAAACGAGGAAGGAAACGACGAAGAAGAAGACUUGAUGUCGAAUUUAUUGGAAGUAACGCCCGAUAUAUCUGUCAUGAUGGGUACUAAUGACGAUGAGGAAACAGUAAAAAUACCAUUAAGCGAUGGAGAAGAUGAUGUCGUUGAAAUUUCAGACAGUCCGUGUUCGGAAAAACCUGCAACUCCAACGAAUGAGGGUACGGAAGAGGGAGAAAUUGUUGGAAAUGUCGAAAAAACAAAGGAAAAUGAGGUUUCUGAGACAAAUACUUCUAAAAAUGACGACGAAGAUGUUGUCAUGUUGGAUGAUGACUCGCCAGAUAAUACCUUGAAGGCACAAGAAACGAACGAAUUGUUGAAAAAGACACAGAAAAUGCUGCGGAAACAGUUUCUGAGGAUAAAAAUGAUGAAAGUUCGGAAGUUAUGCAAGUUGAUGAGACUCCUGUAGAAGAAGAGACCCCUAAAGAAGUUCCUGUAGAAGAAGAAAGUACAAAAAAUGUUUCAACGGAAGAUGUUAACGACAAAUCUGAUGAUGUUUCAACAGUUCCCGUCGAAGAAGAAGUCGAAAAAUUGCCUGAAACGACUGAAAUUACUG